CCGGUUGGGAAACGCCCGCGCCAAGAAACGCCUCCCGCCGCCGGCGAACCCCAACGGCCAUGGCGAAGCGGAGCCGCCGCGAACCUCCUCCUUCCGACGACUCCCACUCUCUCGCCACUCGCUCGAACCAGCACAAGCGUCUUCCAGAUUCACGCGAAGAAGAAGAGUCUCGGAGCGGGUGUCGCCGCAAAGCGAAGAAGAUAAAGACGUUCACGGCCUCCGAAACCCUACUUGUUCAAUCCGAGACGACCGGAACUCCUUCCGCCUCGAACCGGUACGCCUCGCUUGCAUGCUCGGUCGAGCUGCGUCGCGAGGAGAAGCCGAGGAGGAGAGGGCGAGAGGAUCGUCGCGAAUGGGCCUACACUUCGCGCGAUCUUUCUGGAUGCAGAGACAACGUUGUGUUCGUUUCCUACAACAUAUUGGGCGUCGAGAACGCCAUGAAGCAUCAAGACUUGUACACUGAAGUUCAGCCGAGGUUCUUGAAGUGGAGGCGGCGGAAAAAGCUCAUACGCAAGGAGCUUAAUGUUUACGAUGCCAGUAUUGUUUGCUUUCAGGAGGUUGACCGAUUUGAUGAUUUAGCUGAUCUUCUUAAGAAGGAUGGCUUUGGAGGUGUUUACAAGGCUCGAACAGGUGAAGCAAAUGAUGGAUGUGCUAUAUUCUGGAAAGAUGAUCGAUUUACCCUUGUCCACCAAGAUAAUAUAGAGUUCAAGACUUUUGGCCUUCGUGACAAUGUUGCUCAACUUUGUGUUUUGAAGAUGAAGCAAAGAGUUAUGCCUGACUCACCUGCACAGUCAUCCGCGAGUCUCCUCGACCAAAAUCAGCUUUUGCUUGUUGCCAACAUCCAUGUGCUGUUUAACCCAAAUCGAGGAGAUGUCAAGCUAGGUCAGAUUCGACUGCUCCUUGAAAAGGCUCAUCAGCUAUCCGAAAUCUGGGGCAAGAUUCCUGUUAUAAUUGGUGGGGACCUAAACAGCAUGCCCCAGAGUGCCAUUUAUCAGUUUCUUGCUUCAUCUGAGUUGGAUAUCCGACUAUAUGAUCGCAGAAAAAUCUCUGGACAGAUUGACUGUCUAUCAGCAAAUAGUUGUGUCAAACAUCAGAACAGAAAUUCAUUGAGCAUAAAAUGGAAGCCUGCAUCAAGGCAAUGUGUAUAUAGGUGGAAUGAUGACGAUUUAAGACUUGCCACAGGCAGCGCAAAAGUUACUCAUCUUCAGCACCACCUGGAUCUCUGUAGUGCUUAUUUUGGGAUUCCAGGAAGUUGCAGAACCAGGGAUGACUGUGGGGAGCCCUUGGCAACUUCUUACCACUCCAGGUUCAUGGGAACUGUUGAUUAUAUAUGGCAUACGAAAGAACUUGUUCCUGUUAGAGUUCUAGAAACUUUACCUAUUGAUGCUUUAAAACGAACAGGAGGUCUUCCAAGUAAGAAAUGGGGGAGCGAUCAUCUUGCUCUGGUAUGUGAAUUAGCCUUCUGGGACAGGUAACUUAUGUAGAUUAUCAGAAACAAUAUAUAUUUUUUUCAAUUUAAUCUCGGUUCCUUCUUUUCAUGAGUAAAAUGUGCUCUUCAGUAUGUCUGAACUGAGUCAUCUUGAUUUCUAGCUGUAAAAUUGAAGGUUUAACAUUUGCCUUUCUGACAUGAAAUCUUUGUGUACCUUCACCAUGAGUCAAUGAGCAUAGUUUCUUCAUGCA